GCUAUCGUGGCCGCUUCUGCGAGGCACCCUACCUGAGCCCCCCGUAUGCGCAUAUCGCUCUAAAAUGCGCCCCGACAAUUCAAAGGCGGGAUAUCUUAUCACGAGCCUGACCCACAUCGGACCUUGUGUGAGAUAUCAAUAUGCGUCUGUUCGUUCUAACGCCCGGCAUCGUCGAGUACAAGAGCAAUUGCUCUGUUUGCUAGCCUAAGCAUUUCUCUCCCGUACUGCUCUACUACGCACCUCAGCCAACAUGGGUACUCUAUUCUCGCGCUUGAAGCUCGCCCUCAUCGAACUCUCCACUCUCGAACGCGAUUUCCGCACUAUUCAAGAGCGGCUCUUGCAGCCCAACUGGCUUCCGCCUUCGACAUCUCUUCCAUCGUACUGGAUGGACCCUCCGUCUUCCAUUGCGACUGUCCAGCCGGCGAGACUGCGAGAAACUGCAGACGUUGUGAUCAUUGGGUCUGGGAUCACAGGGACGGCUGUAGCGCGAACGUUACUGGACUACACAGAUGAUAGCGAGAAGGUAGGGGAGAACGAGAAGAAGAGCAAGGUGAACGUGGUAAUGUUAGAAGCAAGGGAGACUUGCUCUGGGGCUACGGGUCGUAACGGCGGUCAUGUGAAUCCUCCACUCUUCCACGACUAUCCUUCUCUCAAACAGACAUAUGGCCUCUCUGCCGCCCAGCAAAUCAUACGAUUCCGUCUCUCGCACCUGCCACACCUCCAUUCUGUCGCUGAUACCGAGAAUGCACUCGAGUACUCGCAGAUCCGGACCGUAGAAGGCAUCGAUGUAUAUUAUGAGAAGGAAGAGUUCGAGAAGGCGAAAGAGAUGUUUAUAGAGUGGAAGUCAGAUAUGCCUCAGGAAUCGAAGGAUUCGUUCGUGGUCGAAGGAGAGGAAGCGAGGAAGAAGUUCGGCGUGGCAGAAUCUGCGGUGGGCUGCAUAAUUAGCCCUGCCGGAGCAGGGCAUCCCUACCGGCUCGUCACCUCCGUUCUCUCCAACCUGCUUAAACGCUACCCUGACAACUUCCAGCUUUCGACUCGUACUCCUUGCACCUCCAUCACCGCACCCUCGUCUCCUUCAUCGCUCUAUACCGUCCAUACCCCUCGCGGUACGAUCACAACACCGCACAUUAUCCACUGCACGAAUGGCUACAUCCCACACCUCAUCGCACCUCUUCGCACGAAAAUCGUCCCCGUUCGGGGGCUCAUGACCGCCCAACGGCCCGGUCAAUCUCUGAACGUCAAACUGAACGCUCUAGCCUCAGCUGCAGCGUUAGUUUCAGACUUAGACUCGGAUCUGAUCCUCGCCUCUCGCGCCCACGUCUUCCACACCGGCGUAAUGGGCUACGACUACCUCACCCAACUCCCCGCACGCCCGUCCUCAUCUGACGGAAGAGAAGGAAGCGGCGGCGAGCUCAUGUUCGGCGGAGGAGCCAUCGACGCCUACCGUGUCCGCCUCGAUGAGGUGGGCAAUAUCGACGAUGGUGGGUAUGACAAAGGUGUGGCGGCGCAUGUUGGCGGCGCCUUGCCGGAGCAUUUCGGAAGGGGAAAUUGGGGAGCGGAGGCAGCCUCUCCGUUAGCGGAUGGUGGUGAAUCAGACGAUGGUGAAUCGGGGACGGGACGGAGUCCGUGGGGAGAGGGGAGGGUCAAGGCCCUGUGGACGGGUGUACUAGGGAUCAGUAUGGAUGGGCAGCCCUGGGUCGGACGAUUACCCCCCAAGGUGUCAGGGAGGCCCGAGCGCAACGCAUCUCUUACUUCGACAUUACCUGCGUCCGAUCGAACUUCAGAGGAUUCCUCGCGUUCACUAUCCGCAAAGGAGACAGCUAACUUUCGGACAUCUUCACGUCCACUCAGCGCUCCGCCUGGCGAAUGGAUUUCCGCUGGCUAUAGCGGCGAAGGUAUGGUGCAUGCCUGGCGUUGCGGCGAGGCCGUAGCGUACAUGGUACUCGGAGCAGACGCAGAAAAUACGAUGAAGGUGGAGGAAUGGUUACCGGAUUGCUUCAGGGUCACGGAGGCGAGGUGGAAGAAGGCAAGUUUGGAGAAGUUCGCGUCGGGGCUUUGAUGCGCAGUGCGCGUACUUACCGACCCGAGCUUGAAGAAAGUUGCGGCAGGGAUUGAGGGUGCGGAUGCUGAUUUGUCUUCUGAUGGUUGAUGGGUAUUUAGGAUUGAGAUAGCCAAAGAAGGGAUGGUAUUUUUAGGAGUGAUAUGAUACUGCAUGUUGCAGGCUGUUGUAUACACCGACUGUAUGUACUAGUGCAGCAUCCUCCGAGUCGCGCGAAAGAG